AUGUCUAUAACGAGAACAUUAUUCUCUUCCAUUAAGGACAUCUUUCAAAGUAAAAGCAAAGUGCCUAGACCUAAAACAGUCAGUGAUAUCCAAUUACAUCAUGGAAAAACUCGGCAAGAUCUAUUUUCUUGGAUGGAAAACAUAUCGGAUCCACAUCUUGGCUCCUAUAUCCAGUCGGAAAAUGAGUUUACGCGUCAAGCCAUGCGUCGGCAUAAAUUUUUACACAAGGUUGUUUUACAGGAAAUGAAGAGGAGGUUAUAUAUACCUAAUACCUUAGCACCAUUAAAAACCGUAGCCCAUGGUUUCGAGUAUUAUUCCACAACCUCUGCUUAUGGCAUGGUCUAUCUUCGAAAGAAACUGGGAGAAGGAAAUAAUGCACCUGAACAAGUACUCUUGAACUCGGGCUUUCUCAGAUCCAUGAACAUGUCGAUACGUAAAGUGCUUUUAUCCCCAGAUCACUCGAUUUUUGCCUACAAUACCGAAAGAGAAGGUAUGGAAUAUGGUGAAUUACAUUUUAAAGACUUAAACAAUAAAAGCCAUUGGGAGAAUGAAGUGUUGGAAAACGUAUUUAAUUUUGUUUGGGCAAAUGAUCAUGUUGUUUAUUACACAGUACCCAAUGCGCAAUUAAGACCAUAUCAGGUUUAUGCACAUACUAUCGGCACAGAACAAUCCGAAGAUGUCUUGGUAUAUGAGGAAUUAGAUGAUACUGUUUUCGUGGAUAUCACAAGCUCAAAAGAUGGAAAAUAUGUUACUAUCAACGCAAACUCAUUAUCAUCCUCUGAAGUACGUGUGAUUAAAUCAGACCACGAUUAUAAGAAUGGAAUGCCAGAAAUACAAUUAGUGAAACCUCGGGUGUACGGAAUAGAAUACUAUGUAGAUCAUCAUAAUGACACUUUUUAUAUCCUGACAAAUGCAGACAAUGCAAAAAAUUUCAAACUUGUUCAAGCUUCCGACCAUGCCAUUGGCAGUGGAAACUGGCAAGAUCUUAUCAUCAUGAAGCCCACUGAAAAAAUCGAAGAUGUGGAUCUAUUUCAAAAUAAUGUAGUGAUUUAUGGCCGAAGAGAUGGGUUACCCAUGAUUUUGUGUCAUGAUUUACAUACAAAAGAAACACAUCAAGUAGAAUUACCAGAGAAAUUUUGUGAGGUGCAUCCAGGAACCAAUUUGGAUUUUAAUACAGAUUUUUUCCGCUUCUCUGUCAUUUCACCUUUUACCCAUGAGUCAACCUACGAAUACGAUAUGGCCGCACAUCAACUUAAACCUAUUCGUGUCCAAACCAUCAAAAAAUUUGAUAGGUCAAAGUUCACCUGUACACAAACACACGUUAAAUCGCAUGAUGAUAAACAAAUUCCAGUCACAUUGAUUCACAGAAAGGAUAUUGAGCUGAACGGAAGAAACCCUGUUUUGAUGAGAUCGUAUGGUGCUUACGGUACUUCGACCAACAUCGAUUUCCGUGUAGAACAGUUUCCUCUUAUUGAACGUGGAUGGGUAAUAGCACUAGCCCAUGUCAGAGGAGGAGGAGAGCUUGGAAAAGAUUGGUACGAGGAUGGAAAACUGGAUAAAAAGAUGAAUGGCUUUAAAGAUUUUAUAUCUGUUGCCGAGAGCUUAAUCGAAUCCAAACUAACCUCACCCGACCAUUUGACAGCCAUGGGAACCAGUGCAGGGGGACUCCUCGUGGGCGCCAUGCUUCACAUGCGUCCCGAUCUAUUUAAGGCCCUCGUCCUGAAAGUCCCAUUUGUCGACCCACUUUCAUCCAUGUUAAACCCCGAACUACCUCUUACACAAAUCGAAUAUCCCGAAUGGGGAAACCCCACACAAGAUCCCAAAGCCUAUGAUUUAAUACGUUCUUAUUCUCCCUACGAAAAUAUUUCCUCCAAAUUGUUCAAACCUGAUACACGAUUACCAUCCUUAUUUGUUACGGGCGGCAUGAAGGAUCAACGAGUGGCUUACUGGCAACCUCUUAAAUUUGUUGCUCGCAUUCGUCAUUUCACGCCACCUAUCUAUGAUGCUACCAACACCUUACUGAAGAUGGAUCUGGAUAGAGGACAUUUUGGCGGCGGUGGAUCUGAACAGGAUACAAGACUUUCGGACGUCGCCGAGCAAAUGACCUUUUUGAUAUCUCAAGUCCAAAAGUAA